GUUCAGAGAGGCGAGCCGUAAGUCAUAUGAUCGACACACUCCUGACUUGACUGCUAUUAUAGCCAUCAAAAGUAAACGCAUCAGAAAAAUUUGGGGUAGCCACUUGCCGAAGACGUUUCUUUUGCAUCCGAGGUGGCUUAGCUCCGUACGGGUGCGUGUGUGUAUUUUUAACAAAGGCCCAGCCAGUGUCUCGAGAUGAAGGGCUGCAUGUUUAAUAUCGACGGUGGCUACCUAGAGGCCCUGUGUCGUGGCUUCAAGUGUGGCAUCCUCCAACAGAGUGAUUAUCUCAAUCUUGUCCAGUGCGAGACUCUCGAGGAUUUGAAGCUACAUUUGGCUGGCACUGAUUAUGGCAGUUUUUUGGCUAACGAGCCCUCACCACUGUCAGUCAGUGUGAUUGAUGACAAGCUGAGGGAAAAGCUGGUUGUUGAGUUCCAGCACAUGAGAAAUCACUCCGUGGAGCCGCUCUCGCAGUUUUUAGACUUUAUUACCUACAGCUACAUGAUUGACAAUAUUAUUCUGCUAAUUACCGGAACGUUGCAUCAACGUCCUAUAUCUGAACUGAUUCCCAAGUGUCAUCCUCUCGGCAGUUUCGAACAGAUGGAAGCUAUUCAUGUUGCAGCUACACCUGCUGAAUUGUACAAUGCUGUUUUGGUAGAUACACCAUUAGCCCCUUUCUUUGUUGACUGUAUUUCUGAACAAGAUUUAGACGAAAUGAAUAUUGAGAUCAUCAGAAACACACUGUACAAAGCUUAUUUGGAAGCUUUUUACAACUUCUGCAAGGAAAUUGGUGGUACAACUGCCGAUACUAUGUGUGAAAUUUUAGCUUUUGAAGCUGACAGGAGAGCCAUCAUUAUCACUAUAAACUCCUUUGGAACAGAAUUAGGAAAAGAUGAUAGAGCAAAGUUGUAUCCACGAUGUGGACGUCUAAAUCCUGAUGGCCUCGCAGCUUUGGCUAGAGCUGAUGAUUAUGAACAAGUUAAAGCUGUUGCAGAAUAUUACGCGGAAUAUGCAGCUCUGUUUGAUGGGGCUGGAAAUAAUCCAGGAGAUAAAACAUUGGAGGACAAAUUCUUUGAACGUGAAGUUCGUCUUAAUGUUAACGCUUUUCUCCAGCAAUUUCAUUAUGGCGUAUUUUACAGUUACUUGAAACUCAAAGAACAAGAAUGUCGAAACAUUGUUUGGAUAUCAGAAUGUGUAGCUCAAAAACAUCGCGCUAAAAUUGACAAUUACAUCCCAAUUUUUUAAAUUGCUCUUUGUUUUUCUUUUUUUUUUAUUCCACCACAUCAUAUGAAUCGUUAGGCUUUUCAAUAUGUACUAAAUACUGAAUGAAACUAUGAAGAUAAACCGGUGGUUACGUGUUUGGACAGCCUUCAAUCAAGUUUAUUGGGAAAAAGAUUUGUUUGUUAUGUAUAUCAUAAAUAUCAUUUCACAUUUUGAAAUACAAGUAAUAUAGUAUGUACAUAAUGUAUUUGAUUGUUUUCAAAAUUAGAUCAUUAUCGAAACUCGACAAGUAUUAUGUUUUAAUUGUUAAUUUAAUAUAUAUGUAUAAAUUUACAAAAAUGUACCACGAUGGAUAAUUGCAUUCCAUGUCAUGACAGUGACAAAGUUAUACGUGUACAUUUCAAUAGUUACAUGAUGUAAAGUGAUGAAAAUAUAUUAUUGUGAAUAUUAAAAAAA